ACUGACACAUCACUGGACGGUUAUGAGUACAAGGUUUGGUUAGUACCAUCAGAGGAGGCUACGAGUCAGACAUGCCUCUUCCUACCUCCAUCACCGCAGUGAUCCUCACUGCGACUCUAGCCCAAGUCACCAGAGCUUUACCCAUCUCUCAGAAUCACCGGUUUGCUGUCUACACCCCCUACUGGCACCAAGGACCUCGGCACUACGUUCCUCCAGACUUCUACUCAUCUCACAAACGACUAGGCUGUGAGACAGAGCCGUGUGAUGAGCGGCUCAACCAACUACUGUCCCUACCUGACGAGUCUACAAGCACCAACAACAUUCCUCUCACCAAACGGACUAAAACCUCCUACAGAACAGGCUGGACGAUGAGUGGUAUGCCGUUCAGCGUACUUUACAUGAACCCUAAGCCACACAUGUCGGUGCGUUCACCCAUAUCUGAGUCACUGAGGUCUCUACCACCAAACUACGAAAACAUCGAAGCUCCGCCCCCGAUAUCUGACAACCAGGUAGACCAAGACAUCCCGGACAUACAAGCAGAAGCUCUCCAGGCUAGGUUCACCCUGGACCAUCCGUCACCCACCAUUCUCCCCACCCGGAAACAAUACUCGAUAAUACCCCAGCUGUUUGUGUCUUACGGCUGGGGCCCGCUGGGAAAAUAAAAAUCUAGUGUGUUUUCUCCCGAUUGUAAAUAAUCUUUAAAAUGUUGUAAAAACCUGUUUCACCGUGAGGAUUAAAAAUGAUUGUUGUGCGUCUUUGGAAAACAGUUAAUUCACAAGCUGUCCUGCUGUUUAAUAAAAUAACUUUCAAAGAA